AUGGACACUAUUCGCAUUCUCGACCAACAAAUUGACAGGUCCCUGUGGCCCAUUGAGCCGACCGAGGCCGCCCAGUACCACUUCAUCUGGACGGCCCCCAAAAAGCGCCGCGCGGGCGACAGCGGGCGACGGCGGCCCAGGGAAGACGACGAGCGUACGAUAGCGUCGGCAGCGUCUGCAGAGUCCGACGCAAGGAACCAGAAGGGCUCGGCGACGGAGAGGGGGACCGGGCUGCUGCGCGUGGUGCGGCGCAGCGUCAUUGAGGGCCCGCGGAGACGGAUGCAGAAACUGCUCGGCAAGGGACACAAGGCGACGGCGGCGCCGAGUACGAUGCAAGAGCAAGAGUGUGCUGGGCAGAGGAGGUGGUCGGAGGUGACGCUCGUGGAGUGCGGGAGCCGUCAGGAGGAGCGCAAGGGGACGAAAGAGGAACACAGACUCGAGUGA